UCCUGCUCUUGCUCUUGCCCUAGCUCUUGUGUGAUAGAAACUUCUGCCGUCUGAACAAGACGUGCACUUGCUCUUGAUCUUGCCCUUGCGUGUGAUUUCCGUGGAAUAUGUCUGCCCGCACUGUUCCCAGCGAAUUAUCUUUUACACGCAGGCCCAGCAACUCCAGCAAGCCCACGACCAGCGAUCCCACGAUAGUUUCUUUCUACUUCCAGCUGGAUUACCCCCUUUGUGUAUAUGCACAGGAGGGCACUCUCGUCACUUCUCAUUGUACACCUUGUUACCUCAAGGGCUUCAAGUUUUAUUUCACCUUUCCAACUCUUCUAACAGUCCCAAGGGCAGAAGUCUGCCAAACUCACAGUAUGUGCGCAUCGGCUUUGUUGCCGACGGUGCGACCGGCACAGAAGCUAACAUUUAUGCUUCAGACUUGUUAUGGGAAGAUGGAUAGAAAUGAACGGCGUCUUCCCCAGCUUACGCCGGAGGAACUAGCCAACCCCUACACAAGAAUCUCACUUGAUGGUGUUGAGGUGCAGCUGUGGCAGGUCGCGCACGUUUAUGGCGUCAGCCACGAUAUGCCGAGUCCAGACCUGAGGGCUGGUGCUUCUUCUCAGGAUUUCCGGACAUUGUACUCGACGCAGGACAGCAGGGGAAUUGCUUCAACAAACCCUUCAACGGACACUCGCGCUGGUAGUAUUACUGAGCAACGGCCGCUGCCGAGUUUGCCGGUACUGCCAUUGAAUAUCCCUACAAGACCACAAACACAGCACCCAACACCACGAGUCGAUGGGCACCGUGACCUCAAAACGAACGAUCUUCUCCGCCUGAUAGAUGACUUUGUCGACAAAGGUUGGCCCGGCGAAGUGGAGGCGGAACAGUCACAGAUUACGACCACAACACCAGCAGUGACACCGACCAGAACCACACUAAAGAUCGAAGGGGUGAUCUGGUCGGAUCCUUCAUUCCCCCCUCCUUCACAUCCUCCACCUGAUGGGCCUCUACCUCCACUACCGCCACAGUCGGCGGGAAGCAGGCAUCCUGACUCGCGGCACGGGCCGCCUUCGACCACGGUGACGGUCACGGUGACGGCCACGGUGCCGGCUACGGCACCCCAACUUCCACCUCGGGUUGCCGAUAAGUCGCUGGAGUAUCCAGAGUCGGACCGUGAUGACGACGCAGAAUCAGAGCGAACCAUCACACCAAGGGAAUCUCGGCGGCAACUCGCCCCCACGGCGCGACCAGGAGCCCGAGCACGAGACGUGUCGAUGCCCACUAUACAGAUGGCACCCAAAGGGCCAGUGGUGGCACCUGCGACAACGGGAAGGGCUGCAUCCGCUUCGAUUCUUCGGAGCCGUGGUGAAGAGAUCUACCGCCCCCGCCGGCAGGAUUCUGGGUUGAGUGAAACUCAGCCAAAGCUGGCGUCCCCGACCUUGCCAUAUCCGCUUCCCGACUUCUUGCUGAAUCCUCCGAGCUUUCUGCAGCAUCCUCCCGAUCUGUCGCAGCAGCCAUACCUGGGCCAGCAGCCGGGUGUUAGCGCAAGAGGAAGCCCACAGCUGAACAAAUCCAAGUCUUCCUCGAACAUGGCGAGUCCAGUGACCAGCCCAGCGACGCCGACAUCAGAUGACGACGUGGCUGUAACAUCCCGCUGGAGCUCCGAUAGCGAGGAGGAGGGGGAGUCGAAGCUGAAGAAGCUGAAGAGAGUUCUCAGCUUCUCAAGGCUGCGGCCUCGAAAGUCCAGUCUGUUCCAAAAGCAGACAGGGGACGAUGCGAACAAAUCUGUGGCUUCCAUUGGAGGAAAGCAUACCCCGGGUCCGUCGGGAUCUCGCAGGAGCAGCAAGACCGGGAACUGAUCCAUCGGUCGUGCAUUUGUGCACCGUUUCUAUCACGGCAUGACGGCCGGAUUUUGCAAACCAUUCCCCGUCAGGAAGACGUUGGCCGCCUCAUUUGAUGCUAGAUUAUUGGCGGCAAACAGAGAGGCAGAUCGCAAAUUAAUUUGCAGGACGGGAAGGUACGGUAAUCAGGUACCAGCGCUGCCAGGGUCGGAAACAGCAUACCGAUAAAGACCGGGGUGGAACUUUAUAUAGGCGCAUACCUCAGUUCGUCUGAGGAACUUGGGGAGUAAUCGACGUGAUCCUCGUUCUCGCCUGUUUAAUGUGAUGUCUG